GGAAGUUGCCUGCCGCAGACAGCAGCAGCAGCCGCCGCAGCAGCAGCAGCAGCAGCACAGCAGCAGCAGCAGUGAUUCGGGAGCGCAGAGCGACGGGAGUAAUUCUGUCCGUUUUGAGCCAUGGCGACCAACUAAACGAUGCCUUUUGCAGAGGUGGACGGAGAUGUGAGGAGAAGUGCGUGCCCCAUGUUGCAUUAGUGUCUGUGUGAAAUGCUGGCCUGUCUGCCAGGGCCAGGUGACCUCCCCCUCCAGCUUCUCCCCCACACGCAGAUGAACACUGGACUUCAGAAAUGGGACACCACACAAAGGAUGAGAUCCACUCCUUUCCCAACCCCUGCAGAAUUGGAUGCCUAUGCUAAAAAAGUUGCCAACAACCCCCUCACCAUCAAAAUCUUCCCCAACAGCGUCAAGGUCCCGCAGCGGAAUCACGUCCGGCGUACCGUCAACGGACUGGACACAUCGGGCCAGCGCUAUAGUCCUUACCCUUCCUCUCAGGCCAGCGCCAAGACUGGCCUCCUGGCCAUUGUCAAGGUGCCCGCCGUUAAGGGCAUCCUCAAAGAUUCCGCCGGCGGCCGAGCGCGCCUGCACCCCGAAGUCAUCAUGAACCACCUGAGAGGCCCUUACCAAGUGACUUCGACCAGCACUUUAAACCACCGCCACCCGACUCUGCCCAACCUUCCCCAACCUCAGCAGAGCUUAGCCCUGCAACCCCACGACGCACCUCAGACUCUACAGAUGCCACUGACUCAGCAGCAGAGCCUCAGACGUGCUCUCGCUGUGGCCCAGCACUCUCAGGGCGCACCUAGACUGCAGACUGUCUCUCAGCACCAAGCCCUCGGCCACCCGCAGGUCCCCUCCGCCGUCCUCCUUCAGCAGCAGCAGCAGCAGCAGCACCUUCUGCAGCAGCCGCCCGGCCCGCAGGGGAGCAGAGAGCUGCCGGAUGGCGACGCACCACCUAACGUGACCGUCUCUACCUCAACCAUUCCACUCCCGAUGGCCAUGGGACUGCACCAGGGCCACCAGCCAGACCUGAGCACCAUCGUGCACCAGAUCAACCAGUUCUGCCAAGCCCGGGCCCAAGGUGCCGGAUCAGCCUCCAUGUGCGAGGGCCAGAUCGCCAACCCCAGCCCCAUCAGUCGCAACCUGCUCGUCAGCGCUUGCUCCAGGGUGUCCAUGCACAACAACUCCGCUGCUGCCGCUGCCGCCGCCGGCUUCCACCCGCACAACUGCAUCCACGGCCCUCAAGAGAAAAUCAUCAUCCAGGCGGGAGCCCACCCUUUACCCAGCAUGACCAUGAACCACUUGCCUUCCAACCACACGGAUCUCAAGCAGCAACAGCACCCUCAACAGCAUCUGCACCCGAAAGCCAAUCAGCAGCUGCAAGCGAACACACCGCAACAGAAGAUGCGCUCUUGGAAUCCGCAUCAGUUGACCCACGUGCCCCAUAUUCCCAAUGGCUGCAAGCAGCCUACCAGAGAAGCCACCUUCCACUUGAAGGGACUGGCCUACCCCGCAGAGAUGUGCGUGGGGCAGCCGUACAUGCUGAAGCCCCCUAUGGAGAGGCCCACCCCGUCCCCGCCCGUCAACCACAAUGGCAUGACGGGCCCCGUGGCGCACUACCCCAACGGUCACUACUUCCAGUCUCACAUUUGGAACAGCAGCAUCCUUCCCACACCCAACAGUGACAGCUCCGGGUCUCAGGACGUAGCCAUGCCAUUCCACGGGGCGGGCCCGGGGGGCUGCACCGCACUUGAAUGUGGGCCCCCGGGGGCUCCCCAUUACAGGCUACCGGCGAGCUCCUCCACCUCCUCUGCCCAGACUAAUCUGAUGCAAACCACAGAUUACAUGGGUGGGGACUUCCAGACGCCCUACUUCCGCGAUCAGAAUCUCGGGUUAAUGGGCAAGAUGCACAGGCCCCCUGUGAGCAGGGUGGGGCCGGAGGUCGGGGAUGGGAGAAGCGCUCUCAUCCAGCAUCCAGGGUACAGAUAAGCUAUGGCCUUGUCUCCGCAAGUUAUCAGACCCCCCCCCCCCCUCCAUCACCCCUUUUGUUUAGUCUUAAGAAAACACAUGAUAACUUGACAAUACUGCUAAUCUUAAAGAGGGUAAACGAAUAUAUUUAAUUCAUGAAGAACAGUACUUUUCUUUUUUUGAUCAGUCUUGCAAGUGAUCAAUUGUUUUUUUUUCCUCUCUCUUUGUUUUGGGGUUUGUGAAUGCUUCUACCUGGACCAUUUAGGAAUCAUGUUACCGAUUUUUUUCCCCCCCCCGCACUUCUGCUGUGUGUCAUUCCUGCUUUUUGCUCCACUGUACAUGCGUGUGCCUGGGUCUCGACAGAUCCUGUGUUAGUUCCACUUGACGCGUAUUGCAAGGGUUUCUCAAGUGCAAAUAAUUCCUCGCCGGAAAAAAAAAGCGGCAACACCUAUUGUCGGAUGUGCCGCGAGAAAAUCUGACUCCGACCUGUCAAGUAGACAAGGGAAAUACUUUUUCCGUGCGUAAUAAUCUUGUUUGAAACAGCAGCCGGAAACGUGUGUGUGUGUGUGUGUGUGUGUGUAAGUACGCAGAGCUUUUACUAUUUUCAGAUGUCGAUAUUUAUUUGUGUAAUAGGACUAUUGAAACUUGAUUCCUUCCCGUCGCGUACAGACGAACGCAAUCGGCUUGUUUGUAACAAAGCAAGGACCCCCGCAGGGAGAGUUUGCGUUGCCAUGGCGAUGGGCUCUGUCCUGCUACAAAUGCUGCAAUGAAUUCAGGUGUUUUUCAAAAGCCCUGCCGCCGGGCCGGGAAGGCCUCGGCUGCGAGGUUGGGAAAAGUUUCGAGCCGAAAGGUCAUAAGCGCUAAAAGACGGCCCGAGUCAAACGAAGACGGCGCUCGGCAAAAAUGAGAGCACUCCUUACAGAUUGGGUAGAAAACACAACACAGUAUUCACAUUCCUCCUACUAUGUGUGGAUGGAGUACACUGGACAACCCCCCCCCC